AUGACGCGGUACAUGUGCGCUGUGCUGGCGGCAGUGGCCGUACUGAGCGGCUCACGCACAAUGGGAAGUGCAGCAGCUGAUGCGACGCGAGUGAGGAAGAGUUGGGCCGCGUUUAACAGCGAGGAAAAAGGGCUGUAUCUAAGUGCCAUACAAACGGCCAUGACGUCCGGCAAGCACAUGCUGUUCACGCACGUGUAUAUGGAUAAGGGCAGUCUUCGUCAAGUCGCAGGAACGUGCGGCGCGCCUGCGUGGUACCGCAAGUACCUGCUCGGGUACGAAUCGAUGCUGCGGUCGCUCGACCCGUCGUUUCGUGACUUGACACUGCCGUAUUGGGACGUGUUUGAAGACUCGGCCAAGCGGAUGUCCACGCGCACGUCGUGCAAUGGCAUUGAAGGCUGCUCGCCGCUUUUGCAGGACUUUGGUGGCUCGGAAGGCAAUGAAAUCGUACCUGGCGCCUACGUCGUAAACGGCGAAGCUGUCCUGAGUGGCAACUGCGCGAACGCCAGCAUUGCGGCAUACGCUGCUACAAGCAGCAAAAACAGGGAGAAGUGUCUUCCGCGCGGAGACUGGGGCGUUGGCGACUCGUCGUUGGAGUUCGGACCCACUGCGUUUGCCGAUUUGGUACGCCGUGCCAGGAAUGCCACGAGCUCCAGUGAUAUCAUGGAGACGCUGCGCAAGGGCAUUGAGCAUUCGGUGCAGCUCACGCUGCACAGUAUCCUCGGAGGCGUGUACGAGACACGAGCUGCUGCUUUUGAUCCCAUCUUCUUCAGUCACUACGCGACGAUCGAUAUGGUGUACCAGUUCGUUCAGAGCUGCAAUCAGAGCAUAUCACUGACUGGCUCGUGCAGUAGCAAUGGCAAACUACAGAUCUCUCCGACCGCUACGAUUCCCAUGGGUGUUGAAGGUAUACGAGUCGAAAAGCAUGCUCAUCUCGGUGCUUUUUUCAAGAGUGGGGGCACAACGUAUAAGAGCAUGGACGAGUUUGCUGUCGAAUACGAGCUCAGUCCUUUUCUCCAGAAUAUGCUGAAGGAGUUCUCGCUGGAGUGCAACGCGGAUGAGAGUGCGACUGGAGCGAUCUCGUACGCGACUGGAAAGAGUACGUUUGAAGACGCUGCUGCGAUUACUAACUUGGUGGACGAUUUGGCCGCUUGUGAUCGGACGUCAACGAUGGAGGGAACACCAAAAGAAGCAGUGUCCGCGUAUAUCAGCUGUGAGCUGCUUUCUUCGCUGCAAAACGGCGUGUUUACAAAUUUCAGCUCGCCCGUGAGUGACUUUUUUGGUGUGACCAAGGACGAUUUACCCAAGUGCGUGGGCGCAUUAGCAGCGAUCGUGACUGCGGAAGUCACGGUCGUGCCGUCCGAAAGCUGCCGAAAAGCGAUUGCAGCGGACACGAGUAUCAAUCCAAAGACGGAUUUCAAGUCAGUUUCGGACGGGUUUGCCAUCGUGACAAGAGGCGUUCAAGAUGGAAAGGUGCAGUACAUGAAUCCACCUGUAUAG